AGCCAGCCUGACCAAUCUUUUCGGUUCCAGGCCGCCGCGCGGGACCCGGAAUUUUUUGUAGCUCCAUCCCGGCCGGCCAGCCGCACGCGCUCGCCCUCCUCUGGCGGCACCUCGGCAUGCCUCGGCGAAUGCCAGGGGACCCGUGGCGGCCUGAGCCGAUGCACGUCCUGAUGCUGCCGGGCGCAGCCUUCGAGGACACCGCCCCUGACGUACCCGUCGGCGCCAUGUCCCCCUGCUCCUCGUCCUCCAGCAUCGGCGAGUGGGCUGUCGGCCGGGCGCACGCCAGGGACACAGACGCCGCGGCGGACGCGGGCAUGGACGGGCCCCUGACGAGGGCCAGCCUGAGGCUGGAGCUCCAGCGCUUCGUGCACGGCCCGCUGUUGGCCCAUCUGAAGGCCGCCACGGGCGACUUACUGCGCGCGUGCGGCGCCGAGGCGCAGGCGCAGGGCUCGAUGCCCCCCAGAGUGGCUGCCAGCCGCGCCCCGCAGCUGGAGCACUGCAGACGGGCUGCCAGCCUCCCUGCACCAGGUCGGGCCCAGAGUCCCGGGGAGCGGAGUUCCGCGUUCCUGAUGUCGCCCGGGAGGAUCGCGCCCAACGGACGGGUCUCCCGGCGGCCCGUCACCCCCGACUCGCCCGACUCGCCCGCGCCAGUGCUGGCGAUGGCGCGCCGCGCCAGCGACGGCGACGCGAACCCUGGGCAUGGCAAGGGCAAGGGCGCUGUGGAGCGGCGUUCCUCGUUCCUGAUGUCGCCCCGGAAGAGCGGGCCCAGCGGACGGGUCGCCCGCCGGCCCGUCACGCCCGACUCGCCCGCGCCGGAGCUGGCGCCGGCGCGCCGCCGCGUCAGCGACGGCGACGCGAUCCCCGGGCUGGGGCUGGGCGGCGGCGUCGCCGCGCUGCCGCAGGCGCAAGGCCCGCCGUCGCCGCGGGCCGCCGCGGGCCCCGCGCCUCCGUCACCGGAGGUCGGUGUGCGCGCCUCGCGGCUGCGCGCCGCGGCGGCGCGGCCCCCUUCCAAGGAGCACGUGGCGCGCCAGGACUGCGCCCCCGCCCCUGAGGCCGCAGAGAGCGGAGGGCGCGGCAUCGCGUUCAGCGACGGCACUCGGCCUCCGGCGCAGAGGCCCCGCUCGUCGGGCCCCUUGCGGUCGGGGCGCUGGCUGGGCGUCCCGAAGCCGCCCGUGGCGAUGAAGUCUCUCUCGGGCAUGCGCGGCAAGGACAUACUCGAGAGUGGCAGGUUUGAGACCUUCAUGGGGAUCGUCAUCGCUCUGAACGCGGCCUUAAUCGGGUUCGAGGUUGAUUGGCAGGCUCGGCGCGAAACUCAGGAGAUGCCACAGAUGUUCGGCUCGACAGCGUUGUACCGGUUCAUGGACCUCACCUUCUUCGUCAUAUUCCUGGCGGAGCUGAUGCUGAAGCUCUACGUGCACCGGGUGCAGUUCCUGACGAGAAGGGAGGUUUCGGUGUUGUGGAAUUGGUUCGAUUUCCUGAUCGUCUUGAUGCAGGUCCUCGAGGAGGCGUUCACCCUGCUGACGGGCUUUUUUAGGUCAGACGUCGACCUGAGCAGCGUGAGGCUCCUCAGGGUGGUCCGGGUGCUCAAGGUGCUGCGCAUCAUACGCUUCAUAGACAUGUUCGCCGAGCUGCGCAGGAUCGUCACCUCGAUCAUGGGCUCCCUCAAGUCGCUCGGGUGGACCAUUGCGUGGUGCCUUUCCAAUGCCCACCGUAUCCCGUUGUUACUUCUUCUAACCAUGGCCCUGCUGUUCCUCCUGAUGUACAUCGUGGGCAUAUUCUUCGUCCAGCAGAUCACGACCCACAUGGCGGACCUCACCGAGGAGGCGCUUAACGAGAGGGAGCUGCGGAUGAGGAAUUACUUCGGGUCCUUGCCGGACGCAUGGAUGUCUCUGUGGAAGGCGAUAUCGGGCGGCAUCGAUUGGGACGUCCUGGCCGAGCCGCUGGAGAAGGAGCUGGGGCUACUGCUGGGCUGGGCCUUUGCGGCCUACAUUGCCUUCUCGCUACUGGCGGUCAUGAAUGUCGUUACUGGUCACAGCGGUAAAGUCCACGUGCAGGAACGGUGGACGUGGGAAAACCGGGAGAAAGCGCCAAGGCAGGAAGCGAGGGGGGCGGAGGACAGGGAGAAGCUGGACGCCACGCCAGAGGAGGCCCCGCAGUCAGCGAUGGGCGCGGCAAGCGAACUGGGAAGCAAGUGGCCCGUGGCCUGCCGAGGGGAGGACUCCUUGAUCGAGGAGAGGAUCAUCGCUCUCUUCUCUUCCACGGACAAGCUCUCGCUUGUCCACAGGGGCGGCCGAGCCCUGAUCACCCUGAAGGAGAUCCAGGCCAGGCUGGAGGACCCACAGUUCGAGAGGGACUGGAAGGCCAUAAACGUGAGCCGGAGCGAGGCAGAGUACAUCUUCGAGCUCCUCGACGUGACCGGCUGUGGCGAGAUCGGCGUGGAGGACUUCGUGGCCGCCUGCAUCCGCCUGCACGGUGGGGCCAAGUCCAUCGACGUGCUCACCGUGAUGCAGGAGAAGUCGGCACAGCAGCAGGAAGCUGGAGGAGGUGUCUGCCUCGACGCUCGAGCUGGCAGACAGCGUGCGCCUUGUGCACGAGGGGCAGCAGCAGCUCGCCGGCGCCCUGGAGGAGCAGCGGCGGGGCCCACUGCCGGCCGGGUGGGCGGGGGAGGCGGAGGCCUGCCGCAGCCUCGACAGGCUGGAGCAGCAGCUGCGCUCGGUGGAGAAAGCGGUGCAGUCGGUGCUGCAGAGGAGCAGCGACGUCCGCUUCCUCGAGACGCUGGUUGA